AUGAGACAGUUGUACGAAUUAUUGGGUAUUUCGAAUACUAAAACGUCGGUUUAUCAUCCAGAGGCUAAUGGUUUCGUUGAGAGAUUUAACGGCACUUUAAAACAUAUGCUUAAGAAAUUUGUAGCGGAUCAAAUUGAUAACUGGGAUAAGUAUUUACCGUAUGUAUUGUUUGCUUAUCGCGAAGUUCCGUGUCAGUCGACUGGGUACUCGCCGUUUGAAUUAUUAUAUGGGAGGAGUGUACGUGGGCCCUUCUCACUGAUUAAAGAAACUUGGGUUCGCAAAAAAUCUUUUCCCAAAGACGCGAUAAGUUAUGUGUUAGAAGCGCGACGACGAUUAAAUCAAAUGCAAAGUAUUGUUCAUGAAAAUACUAAAAAGAGUCAAGCCAAACAAAAGAAGCUUUAUGAUCAGAAAAGUUCGCAUAGGAAAUUUCAGAUUGGCGAUAAAGUAUUGGUAUUGUUACCGACGCCUGGGAGUAAACUCGAAAGCAAAUGGCAGGGUCCUUACACUGUCACUAACGUUUGUACGAACGGCUUGAAUUAA